AUGUGCCUGUCUCUUCAUAAUCCUAUCAGUGAGCACGUUUCUUUAACCGUCGAUUUCUUCGUCCGUCCCAUUUUGAUCUGAAAAAAAAAAUCGCAAAAAGAAAGACAAGUGAGACAAGAUGAUGUUGGUGCCGCUGACCGUGGUACUUUUUGCAACGUUGGUAUACGCCCAACCAGCUAUAAAUGAAAUUCGGCCACAAAGCAAUAGGCCAGGAAGAUUCCUAUCUCUUCCCAUACCUCAAAAAUGUGCAAACCGGCCGAAAGAAUUCAACUAUAGAGGGCACAACUACUUCUACAGCGGACAUAUUCCCGCUCAUGCAAAUCAAAGAGUGGAUUGGUUAGAUGCUAGAAACAUUUGCAGAGAAUAUUGUAUGGAUCUUGUUUCAAUGGAAACGCAAGAUGAAAAUAACUUAAUCUUCAGACUUAUUCAACAAAAUGAUGUUCCUUAUAUUUGGACUUCUGGACGUCUUUGUGAUUUCAAAGGUUGUGAAAAUCGUCGUGACCUCGAACCUAAAGCUCUUUAUGGAUGGUUCUGGUCGGCCAACAGAAAAAAAAUGUCACCAACAAAUCAAAUCCCUGAAGGUUGGUCCUUCAAUCCAUGGUCUCAAACUGGUCACAAGAAAGUUAGACAACCUGAUAACGCUGAAUUUGAUAUAAAUGGCACUAGCGAAUCUUGCAUGUCUGUUCUUAACAAUGUUUAUAAAGAUGGAAUCAGUUGGCACGAUGUGGCUUGCUAUCACCAGAAACCAUUUGUUUGUGAAGAUUCCGAAGAACUUUUGAACUAUGUGGCCAGUACCAAUCCCAACAUUCGCCUUUAAAGGCCUCGUGAAUAAAUAAUCUAUGUCAUUAGCACUUGUUUAACCCGUUUCUUUUGCAGUUUAGACGAGACACGAAUUAAAAACAGAAAGAAAAUAAAAAAACAAUCCGCAAAUAUUUUCUUAAUUAAAUUAACUACCUGUUUAAUUUUAAAAUAUUGUUUCUGUCAUAUUAAUUUACACAUUAAAAGUUUAAGUUGAAUU